AUGGAGUCUUUUGGUGACGCCUCUGAUUUUCACCGCGAACACGAAUUUCAAUUCGUCGGCAGAGAAGGAGGACGAGAAAAUAUGAAACUCCAACCAGGGUUCAGAUUUGUGCCUCGUGAUCACGAACUUGUCGGCUUCUACUUGAAGAGGAAGCUCGCCCACCUGCCAUUACCGCCUAGUCCAAUAGUCGAAGUUAAUCUCCACGACUUCAAUCCAGAGGAGCUUUCAGAGUGCGAAAAUCUUACUUUUGAGGAGAGAUAUAAACGGCCUGGAGAGAAAGAAUGCUAUUUUUUCACUCCAAGAAAUAGAAAAUACAAGAAUGGAAAUAGAUCCAAUAGAGCUGCCGGAGAUGGGUAUUGGAAGGCCACUGGAGCUGAUAAGCCUGUUAAAGACACUAACAAUGUCAUUAUUGGAUUCAAAAAGAGUUUGUCUUUCUUCAGAGGAAAACCCCGAGAAGGUGAGAAGACCAAUUGGGUUAUGUAUGAAUUCCGAGUCAUUGAUCCUCCUCAAUGCACACCAAAUGAUCCUAAUGACAUGAAGUUGCAUGAUUGGGUUAUUUGCGAAAUUCAUGAGGUGGCUCACAAAAGAAUCAAAACCAUGCUGACUCGGAAUCAACAUCGAAAAAAACCAGAACCUGAUAAUAAAGAACAUGAACAUGAACAUGAAGAGCAUUCUUCCUCUGUUUUUGGUCAGGGUAAUUAUUAUGGAGGGCUUGAAAAAAUUGUUGGUGAACCAAUGGAGAGCUACAGCGACAACUUUGUGCAGAUCAGGGAUUAUUAUGCAAAUCAGUCUAGUGGAACAUAUUCGAAUGAUCAAUCUCUUCAGAAUCAUCAACUUCCAGUACUGGACAACCAAUCGGCAAUGGAUCAUAACAAGCAGCUUCAAAUGGUGGAUUAUAAUGGAAGUCAUGAGGAAUUGCAGCAAUUUGAGUUGAUGAAUCACAAUGACUUUGGUGAUCUAUGUUGGACCAGACAAUGA